ACACGCCAAGAGGUGUCGAUAGUGCUUCGACGGGUGAGUUCCGCCUUUUCGGUCCGCUCCAUAAGCUCGUUUUAUUCGCAAAAUGAGUGCCCUUCCCGUCAGGGACUGUUGGUGGAGAUUGGAGGCCGUUUUGCAUGGGGUUAGCGGCUGAGAGAGAGAGAGAGAGAGAGAGAGCGAAAGAGAGGCCGUGUCUUGCCAUCUAUGUUGCUGCAGAACAAAAAUGUCGGGCUCCAGGACACGCGUGUCCAACAUCCUGACGUGCGUAACGUUCGUCGACUCUGACUGUGCCACGAAUAUAAUACCCAAUGAAGCCACCUAGUAACCCACACUCAUACAAAGGCUUACUGGGAUUGGUCAUGUUUUCUUCACGGUGUAUGCGGACGAUAGCUGCAAGCCCAGGUUCUCAUGCAGCUCAUCUCCCCAAAGCUUGGAUUGUAGCGCCAAAGCUGCGACUGUUGCUCUCUACAACGGCCCUGGUAUCCCACCUUGACGGACUACACAUCCCGUCAUCGUCACGCGACCGAGAGGGACAUGAGCCAUCAGUGAACGCGGGCAGACAUAUUAUUCGAUGGAGAGGAAUGAACAUUACUGUCUGGACCUUUGCCGUUAGUAGAUACUUAGGGAAUACCGGCUCUGCUGAUUCUCGGAGGAUUGACAAGUACAGCAUCCACAAGCUGUUGAAUUGGAGGAGAUCUUCGGUAUGGGAGCCGCCGCGGAUUCAGGGUCAAAGGCAAGUUUGCAUCAUUAACAAAAAGCUGAUGUCCGACGCCCGUCGCAACGCCCUCUUCCCCCAUGUUAGCGUUUGGCGACGAGUUUGACUUUGCCGUUUCCUUUGCCAAGAUCAGGCGAGAACUGUAUUAGGACUUCUGUGAAAUCAUACGAGGAUACCGUUUGGAUAUUUCCCAUCUCGCUAGCGUGACAGAUCCAAGCUGAUUGGCACGC